AUCUAUGACGCGCCAUGGGGAGAAAUUCAAAUCCGAAUUUUGGCGGGCAAUCUGCACUGCAUCCUUGCCAUGAGCAAGACGACAGCAGACAGAGAGGAAUGCCCUAUUUGUAAGACGAGAUACAGUACGAACAGUAUUCGGACGAUCCCUCAACACUGCAUCAAAGCUUGUUCACGUUGUCGACGGGCUUUCAAAGACAUCGACUUGAAAACUGUACAGGAUUAUGCAGUGUUCACUGACGCAUUGGUGCUGAAAUUGUUACAUUUUCUGCAAAACAUCGGGCACGCAACUUAUCUCAAGCUGAGCCAGCAUACCAUCAACACUUCUCAUGUACGAGCAAAGUUGACGCUUCUAGGUGACCUCUUUGGACAGAAUGCAGAGGGCUUCAAAAAUUGUUUCCUUCAUUACUUCACCUCGUUUCAACAAGGAGCAGAUGCCAAAAUGCAUCAUGAUCAAUUCCAGCUGCACAUAGACGCGCAAAAGCUUCGAAGUCAAGUAAAGAAUCAUCGGCAAAAGCAAAAGGCAUUGUGUAAGAAAAUCAGACAUUGGGCCACUUCGCACUAUGACACUGUUGACGAGCUACAAUAG